AUGCUGCAACUCUUGCUAGUCCUGGCUCUGUGCAUAUUCAGAGUCCAAACCACACUCGUUAACAUCACCAUCGACGAUACCGACCCGCACGCAUGGACCUGGAAGGGGGACUGGCGAGCAUAUGAGAGCGGCAAUACCGUUUGCAAUGACGGCUGCUGGGCGCAUCCUGACCCCAGCAAAGUGUACGGCAGCUCAUGGCACGAUGGGCAGUUUAGCUCGGGGACAUUCACCGCGCAAGGAGUCGCGGUCUAUAUCUAUGGCGUCGAUGUCUCGCAGCCCCAGGGCCCGCCCGGAAAUGUCAGCUUCUUCCUGAAAAAUUCAGCGGUUUCGGGGUAUCAUGUCGUCGGCACUGCACCAGGCUACACGUACAACUCUCUUUAUUUUUCUGCCCAGGCGUUGGACGCAUCCUCCCCGUUUACCGUGCAAUGGACGCUCCGCGCCAGUGUUGGUGGGGUUGGUGGGUUAGGGCUAUUUGACUACGCUGUGGUCACGGUUGAGCGGCCCGAUCCUCCGCCGCCAGCGCCACCACCUCCACCACCAUCACCGACUGGGAACAACGCGGAUGCGGCUGCAACCUCAAGUGUAAGGACAACAACAACUCCAACAACACACAGCUCUACGAGUGAGAAAAGGGACAUAUCUCCUUCUUCUGGAACAAGCGCUGGUAGUGGAUCCACUGUUGGAACAAGCACCACUAAAACCUCCAGCAUCACAAGCAUCGCCCAAAGCACUACUCUGGCUCCUGUUCCGAGCAACUUAAUUUUCCCUACACCUCACCGAUCCCAAACUGGAUAUAUCGUCGGCGGAGUCGUUGGCGGCAUUAUAUUUCUAGUUAUCCUUGUGGGUGGCCUGUGUUACUGGAAGCGUCGCAGUCACCAUCCGCAAACUGCCCUCGAACCGGCCCCGUUUCAGUCACAAUCCCAAUCGUUUCUACUCGACCAACUAAAAAACUCCAAGCUGGAAGCAUCAAUGUCCACACAUUCUUUGAACGGUCUUGCAACAUCUAAUAUUUCGACUGGAAGUUUGCAGGGUCGGGAAGCUGAAUUCGAGCGGCGUCUGCGUGAUCUGGAGGCGAGGGCGCUUGACCCUCCUGCUUACAGCUAA